GCCCCCGUGUGUUAAACUUCCUCUGUUUUGUGCAGAGCAACUGAGCUGUGCCUAGUCUGGAGCCGGGAACUCCCCAGCGGAAACCUUACACCCUGCAGCUCAAAUCCAGCGCUCUUUGCAGCCUCGCUGAGGAAACCCGAGCCGCCCUGCAAACGUGGCGAUCCAGCCCCCUCCCGCAGGCACACAGCUUCCCCUGCCCAAUAGCAAGCGCGGUAACAUCGGGGGACAGAGCAACCUUGCCUUGCAACCUCUCACGUGACUGGUUGGGGAGGAAGGCUGAGGGGCUUGUGAUCACAAGCCCGCAGUGGGUCAUUUGCAACUUGCAGCUGCGUUCCCAGGGCUGCCUGGGCGAUAGACUCUCAGCAACAGCUGGAUCAGAGAAUGGGCUUCCAGGCUGCUUGCUGUUUCGUGCUGCUGCUUUGCACAGGAGGGUCACUCAGCAAACCCACUCUCAGGAAGGAGAGGGUCGUUCAUCCAGACCCUCCGCUCAGCGACCAGCUGCACGAAGAUAACCAAAGCUUCCAGUAUGACCAUGAGGCUUUUCUGGGCAAGGAGGAAGCCAAGACUUUCGAUCAGCUCACCCCAGAAGAAAGCAAAGAGAAGCUAGGGAAAAUUGUUGAUAGAAUAGAUAACAACAAAGACGGCUACGUCACAACAGAGGAACUGAAAAACUGGAUUAAGCGAGUGCAGAAACGCUACAUCUAUGAAAAUGUGGCUAAAGUCUGGAGAGAUUAUGAUGUAAACAAAGAUAACAAAAUAUCCUGGGAAGAAUACAAACAAGCCACGUAUGGUUAUUAUCUAGAAAAUCCAGAAGAAUUUCAAGAUGUGACUGAUCAACACAGUUUUAAAAAAAUGCUGCCCAGGGAUGAAAGGCGAUUCAAAACUGCAGACCUGGAUGGAGACUCAACUGCCACUCGUGAGGAGUUCACUGCCUUUCUUCAUCCGGAGGAGUUUGAGCAUAUGAAAGACAUUGUCGUCUUAGAAACACUGGAGGACAUAGACAAAAAUGAGGAUGGUUUUGUGGAUCAAGAUGAGUACAUUGCUGAUAUGUUUUCACAUGAGGAAGGUGGACCUGAACCUGACUGGGUAAUUACUGAACGUGAGCAGUUUUCAGAUUUUCGAGAUAUAAACAAGGAUGGGAAGUUGGAUAAAGAGGAGAUUCGUCACUGGAUUCUCCCACAAGACUAUGAUCACGCACAAGCUGAAGCCAGGCACUUAGUCUAUGAAUCGGACGUAGACAAGGAUCAAAAGUUAACCAAAGAGGAGAUUCUAGAGAACUGGAACAUGUUUGUUGGCAGCCAAGCUACCAAUUAUGGGGAAGAUCUCACAAAAAAUCAUGAUGAACUAUGAUAUUUUUUACAAUUCAGUGUGCCACAGACUGUUCAGUUUCUAACCACAUUAAUGAGGUCACUGUGGUUUUUUUCCAGCUGAAUAACUUGCACCAAUAUGUUUUUAACAUAGCAGCUUAUUACCUCAGAAACGGGGUAGAAAUAGCCUCUUACUCUGCACCAUUAAAUGCAAGAGCUAGUCAUUAUGAUUUUAUUUAAAAAAGACCCCUCACUGUUCUGAAUAGAUUGCAGUAUCACUUUGGGAAUGAAUGUCUAAGACUUAGAUCUUAGGCACAUUAGAAGUUUUUCAUAUUUUCUUUAAAUGCUGUUGUUUUUCCUGUAGGGAAAUGCAGUUUUGAUCAGGAAGAAACUUAUUGAAUGUUUCAACAGAUUCCAAGUUUAGUGUUUCGUUUUUUUAAAAAAAUAGUAACUAAGAAUUUAGAACCAUAUUCUCCCUUUCCCAUGUAAAGGAGAGAUCUUACCUGAUAAGAACCAUCACCUUUUUUCCUCCAUGCUGUAGUCUUUCCUCCUGGUUGGGUCCAGAGGUGCUGAAUGAAUAAGACCUCUUGGAAUACAGGCAUGUGCACUAGCCCUAUGGAUCUUAACCAUUUGAGAGCAACACCUACAACUACUCACUGCCCCAGUUCCCUUUCACUAAUCAGAAGUAGCACAUCUGUCACACUGGCUGUCACUCCAAGGGUGUUCUUUGAUGAGCACAAUAGAGUCCAUGUUGACAAUUACUACUACUAACAGCAGAGGUAAUAUGGGAUGGUUGGUGGGCUGUUGGUUAUGCUGUUUCCUGAGCAGAAUUAUGGCACAUGGCCCUGUUUUCCAACUCAUCCCACACUUUGUAUGAGCGACACACUCUACUUUUACUAUGUAGGGCCUUUGCUGACUCAUUCAUGUCACGUGGAAAAGAAAUGAGACAUCUACCCUCUGGACCCUUCUUGAGAUUAUGGGCCUUCUGUUCUCUUCUGUGCUGCAUCAGGGAUGCAUGUGGUUUAAAGUGCUGGUUUGUAUAUAUACACACAUAUCACCAAAUUGUACCAUAGGUGAAUGGUUUUCCUUCAGAACAGUAAACCUUCCAUAUGGCUGCAUUUUUUACUGUAUAAUAUGAGCUGUUCUUUUUUUAUAUACAUGUGUGUGGGUUUUUUAGCCCCUGUACUGAGUUGACAUGCACAAUAAAACCAUGACGUUCUUUUUGAUACUAUGAACAUGCAGAAAUGUUAACAGAGGAGUCAUAUGGGAGGGGGAAGUAAAGACAGGAACCAACAGCAAGCUUUUAAACAGUAGCUCCCAAAACUGUGGUCUCCAGACCAUAGGUAGACCACGAAGCACUUGCUGGUGGCCUACAGAGAGCUGGCUGGGCACGUGCCAUGGUUCCUUCUUAUUUCCAGCUGAUAAAUCACACCAAAGAAAGCUAAAAAUAUGUUAUGUUCCAUGUAAAGAAUGGCUGUAGUUACCAGUAGGCUCUAAUUGGAUCACCCCUGGCAGGGGAAUUUAUCCACACAUGCGUGAAUGGCAGGGGAGGCAUCCACAAGACAUUCCCUCUAGGAUGUGUGCUCCAUGUUUUGAAAAAAGCUUGAGAACCCCCAUUUUAAACACUGAGCAGGGUCAUUCUGCUGGUGACUCCACACUUGGGGAUAUUAUUUUUGGAUGCAAAUUAAUUUCAAGGCCAGCUAAAAAAUUAAAAAAUGAUAAUCUAGGCCAGAGGGAAAAAAUCCUUAAAAAUAUAUUUCUACUUUGAAAAGUGACUAAUAGUGACUGUGUAAAAAUGGCACCAUUUUAUUCAAUGGUGCAUAGGCCUUGUUCUAAUCCUCUGCAUGAGGUUGAAUUUCCCCCCCGUGCAUAUUCUGAAUUAUAUCUACAGAGUUAAAACAACAAAGAAAAGUUGUGCUCCUUUUUACUCCAGUUGGCAAUGCAGAGUCAAUGCAGCUAUGGGAGAAUGAGCUGGAGUCUGUUCUGAUUUAUGCAUUAUCAGUCAACAGAAUUGUCAAUUAAGUUCAAAAUGUAGGCUCAAAUUCUUUCUUCAGUUAUAACCAUGUGACUCCAAGGUAUACAAGGCAUGCAUGGGUAUCACUGGGAGUGUAACCUGCCUUGCCUAGUCAUACACUGGUAAUAAUACAGAGAGCCAGAAAGAACACAGCUUUUAUCUCUGACAGAUCGUGUGUGUUUUUUCUGUUUGGUUAGGUUUUUUUGUUUUUUGUAAACUGAGCAGAUUUGUUCUGGAAAUUGCUGAAAAGGCAACCCUGGAACCACCUCUUCCAUAAACAAUGUCAUUUUUACAGGGUCACUUUUCAGAGAACAAGUGCACUUUAGGUCAUCCUCUGUUUCAAUUCAAACUAGAUUCCAUCUAGUUUACGCUAGUAUAGAUAAUUUUGAUAACAUGUUGUAGCUUCUUGGUUUCUGCCUUACUAUGACAUGUAAAUAUCUAAAAUAUCUGUUAAACCCCCUGCUUCUUACACUAAAAUGCAGUAGGACAAAAUGUGAUAAGCCACAAGCAAACACUUUUGUCUCUGCUCUUCCAGUACCCAUGAGUUCAAAGUGAUGCUUCAAUGCAAUGUUAUCUGUGAAACAAUAAAACUGGGUCUUGGCACAGAAACAGAAUUUCUCUGCAGUGUUUAGUUUAUUAUUUGACUUUGUAGCCACGUUACUGCAUACUUCAUUAGUCAUAAACAUCUCUGGGAGUGUUCAUCUUGAAUAGUGGUUUCAUAUUUAGAUUUUGAUUUUUUUAAAAAAACCUUGGAAUGCUUCCCAAACACAGCUAGCACAUGCCAAUUCUACUGCAUCUCCUAAAGGUUUCAGACAAAAUGCUCUUUUUAAAAAAAACAAAAAAACUCAAAUGGGGGCUUGGUGCUGAUACAUGAGGCAUCAAUGUCUCCAUCCAAACAUGACGCUGCUGAAUAUACCAUAUUCUGUUCAUACAGUGCUGCAUGCACGUUUUGACAAGGAAACAAAGUUUCUCCUAUAAUUUGGAUAUUUGAGAGCACUAAGAUCAAACAGGACACAAUUCUGCAGCCCAGCGUCUUCUGAAUGUCUAAUUAUGCAGGUAAUAUCCAAAUACAAAAGUAGGCUCCAUUGACGUCAGUGAGAUUACUCACAUGAGUAUGGCCUGUAAGCUUAGGCCUAUGAAAUUUUACCGAAAGAUUUAAAUCAAAUAAAUGAAAAUGCUAAAUAGAUUUUAAUAUGUCCAUUUGUGGAGAAAAUUCAUCACCUCUUUAAAACUAGAUUAAAACAAUUAGUUAAUCAAUAUUAGUGAAUAAUCUUAACAUGACCAUGCACAUUUACAUUUUGCUUUACAAAAUAUUUAAAAGGUAUUUAGAAAGGCAGCUUACGAUUUCAUUCUAAAGGCUUCUCUUCUUUCUGCAGUUCUUUCAAGUUUCACUUACCAAGGCUCAGUAAUACAGAGUACAUUUUGUGUACUAAAUCUUUCUUUCAACCUCAAUGCACUAAGAAAGAGUAACUCUAAAAGAGACUAGAGCUUCUGGGUUUAAAUUUAACACUAUUUAAGGAAAGCAAACCUUUGCUAGGGGAUAUAACUGUUAACAUUGUGAUUUUUCAAACCUAAGGUUUCUAAUGGGGUUUGACUGUUCCAGAGAUAACAUAUUUUUUCUAGGUAACAUAUUUCAAGUUCGAUUAUGAGCAAAUGUUACAAAAUUUUAGUGUAAUGUGAAAUACUGUAAUGUCAGAUAGCAUUAUUUAUCUGCUUAAUAUGACUAAAAACAUUAAUUGCUGGGAGCCACAAUUCAUCCCAGCAACAUGAAAAUCCAUUUUGUGCCUAUCUUGUCAGUUAUUGCAGAUUUUCAUAAUGAAUUGUGAAAUGGUGAAAUUCUUUUGGGAAAUGUGUUUGUAUAUUUCCACUUGCAGGUUCUGUACGGUCACUUUUAUUACACAGAUCCUCCAUUAACUAAAUGUUUUCAUUAUGGCGGUGCCAUGACACAUCAAGGAUGCAUUUUUAUCCUUUUAGAUAUCUGGAAUAGUCUUU